AUGGCCUCGGAUGCGCGCUUCACCUGGCUCGAUCGCCGCGUCGGCUCUUCUCUCAGUACAUACCUGACGCUGAGCAACAGUGAUGAACGGCAGAUCAACGCUGUCCUUGAGUUUUUUAACCGCAUCGAUCUGCGUGCCCUCUUCGUCUGGCUAUCCAAGGACAAUGGACCUCAAACACUGCUGGCCGACGCAGAGCCGCCGCAUCUGCACCACUCGGGCAAAAUCGUUGUGUUUCGCAAGCGUCAUACUGCAGGCACCCUGACUGCCGCCAACAUCGCCGUGGAUACCAUCACCUGUGAAUAUCGCAACUCGGCUUGGGAUGAGGUGGUGGACCUCAGCGAACAGAUUUACGUUCCUUGGCUGGCCAUGGCCAUCCAACAGCACGCCAAUGAUCCUGCCCACCCCCGUGUCAUUAGCCUCCGCAAGGCUUUUGACAACUACCAAAAGUUCCUGGCCACACUGCAGGUCACCCAUGGUCAGGUCCUCGAUGAUGUCGUUCUUCCUUUGCCCAUCAGUCUUGAGCACGUCUUCCUUCAGACGCAGGCCGACAGCAAGGGAACCUCCACUACACACCUGAGCAAGCGUGAUGCCGUACCUGUCAUGGGCAGAGACCGUUUGCAUGCCCUCGAGGGCAUUGUGGUCGUGUGGUCCCGUGUCAUCCGUAGCACUCUUCGUGCAGGACGUCAGACCCUUGUGACGGAGCCGAAUACCGGCCCGCUGGCAGAGGUGCAAGCACUCAAAAAACACGCCGAUUCUCUGCAAAGCUUGGUUCAUCAGCUCGUACACAAGCCCAUCGUGGGCCAACUUCUAGACGUGUUGAUUGACGUUGCAUCACCCAUGGCCUACAGCUUUGCAGCGCUGGAAACAGAGCUUCGCCAGGCCUUGGUGACCACACGCUUAAAUCUCAGAAUGCUACAAGCCUGCCAGCCCUUUUUUGAAGCCCUGGAAGAGGGCGACUUAACGGCUGUUAAUCGCUCCCUGCGACCGCUCUUACAUUGUCUCACUUUACUUUGGCGCCACAGCGAGCGCUAUCGCCAGCCGUCCCGACUGCAAGCAGUGCUACGCGCCAUUUGCAACAAACUCAUUCGGCGCUGUCAGGCCCACGUAGCCACCGCGCAGGGCAGCGAAUUUACACCUCGGAUUACGCGUCGAUUGCGUGAUGCACUUCGAACUUGUGCCUUGAUGCGUGGCUCCUAUUUAGACGCCCGCCAAGCUGCGCUUGCCCGGCCCACUCAACCUGACGACCUUGUGGUCGUUUCCGAUCGUGAGCUCGCCGAGCCACGUGCCACACCCGCCGGUCUCGCGGAACAAAACACUCUGACAACGGAUGACGACGCCCAAACUCGGCGCAUGCGCCGAGGCGAGGUGCACAAAAUGCUCGUGCCCAACGCCGAUCGCGAACACGAGCGCCAGCGACAGCAGGAUGAAAUCACGCAGGCAGCCACCGCUGCCUGGCCAGACCGCACGCAUGAGACCUUUGCGCGCCUCAAUGCGUUUAUGGAGCGGUGCAACGAUGUGCUGGAUAUAGCCGAGGCUGCCAUUCAGCUUGACACCCUUCGCGACCUGCAGCUUGGAGGCCCGCGCGGCAGUACUCUCAGCGACGGCUUGCACGAGCUUCAUAUGAAUCACGUCCCUAUCAUUGAGGCCUUCAAGCAGCUGAAUUUGGACGUUUUGGACAUUGACAACGAAGCUGAUAAAUUUCAAAAAGGGUUUUUUGCCUUGCAACUUGGUUUCAAGGACAUUGAACAGCAAGUCGUGGCCAUAUUGCGCCUAGGUUUUCAAUCAUGCUACACGCUCACGGACCGCCUCAAGCUGACGACCAUGGUGGACAAUCUCAUGCAGCGCCAUCCCAUCGCACGGGGUCUUGAAGCGCAUGUGGCAAAGGUCAUGGACGAUACUUUGGAGGAACUGCGGGCCUGUGAGGCUGGCUUGGAUGCCAUUGACAACGGCCCGGAACAUCGGGUGCCCACCUUGCAUCAAACUUUCCAAAGCGACGACAGCCUUGCCGCCUUUGAUGGUGUCAUGGCUCAUCGUCGGCGAGUAUUUGCACUGCAGGCCCUCCUGCCGUCUCAUACUCUGGGUGAAGUCAAGCAGGAGAUCAAAAGCACCAUUCGUCGCCUUCUCGCGCGAACAAGCACCGAGCUGGCGGCGAUACAGGGGCGUUGGAUAAAAGCACACGAGGCACAGGCGGACCCGACCGCCAAUGCUUUUCGUCGACCGCUCUUGCUCGAGCUGCCUCCAUCUGCCGGCAUCUUGGCGCCCAGAUUUGUCGUCAACCUUACCGAGAGUGAAUUGCACUUCUUGCACGAGCUACAGGGUGCCAUGGCGCGCUCCUGGAACCUGCCGUCGGCUUUGGAAGAACUGCAGCCCAUAGCUCAGGACUUGAUCCAAACCCAUACCAUGCUUCAACGUGCCCUCGUCACUUACCAUCGCGUGGCUGCUGAAAUCUCCGACUACCAGCGUGAUAUUCUUCGCGACGCGCUGCCCCGUGCUGUUGCCAUCCUGCGGGAGGGGUGCGUGCAACGCAUUUUCUUGAGUGCCGAUGUUCCCGAUUUUCUACAAACGCUGCGAAUUCAGGUUGUCAAGACCUUUGAGCCAGCGCUUGAUCUCAUUCAACGGGCUCAAGGUGACAUUGAAAACCGCAUCGCUCAGUGGAAGGCACACUGCACUGUGCGCUCCAUUCUUGUGCCCACGUCGCCUGCCCCUCCCUUUCGCGAGCUGCAGGCUCACUUGGACGAGUUUUUGUCUCGGACACAAGCCAUGUUGCUUCGGGACAGCAACGCUAUUGGACGUCUCUUGGAGGAAAUUCAUCAAGCUUGCUUUGUGUCUCGCUCAUCACCAGACUGGACUCGCUAUUUGACCACCAUCAAUGACCGUGUCCAGGAAGGAUUGCAAGCGUGCACGCUGCAGCUCUUGAAUGAACUGAUGAGCACUGUCUGCAAGGUUUCAUCGCCCAAACAGACACGGAGUCGGCAUCGGGUGUCUUUCCAAGCGGACCAGCUGGGCGAGGGCUCCCGCUUGAUGCGUGCCGAUUCUUCCCUCGGCGUGACGGGCGCCUGGGCCGAGCCGGCACCUGCACUCAUGCGCAUCGAGGUCCUGCUGGUGCAUGACGGUAUUGUGCAUUCUCCUGCAUUGCGCGAGUCCGACGCGGGCCAGCAGUACUUGCCGCUCAUUGCUGCCUGUCAAGGCUGGUUCGACUCUUUUCUUGAGGCGGCUAUUGCGCUGGCAGCAUUGGCAGCAUUUGAGCCUUUUCGCUGUCUCUACAACUUGGACCCGGGCGCAAUUUUUCACGAUUUUCUGAGCUCCCGCGACGCCAUUCUCCGCAACGAGGGCAUGCGCCAACUGGCGGAGAAAGUGGACGUACCAAUGAUAGAGUCGCGCAACACCUCGCGCAAGUUUGGCUCGAACCUGUUUGGUCGACGCCACGACUUGGCCACCUUGUCUGAGGGUCAACAGGAAGCAGAGGCACCUUCGUCGCGACCGGGCAAGCUUUCGCGCUACGGCAGUGAGAGCCAGCUGAACAUGCGCGUUCCGACGCUUGAGGAGAUUGCUACCUGCCUGCGUGUGUUCUCGGCCGCAGCCGAGCAACUGCACGCCACCUCAGAUUCGAUUGACUGUGGUUUCUUUUCCCUUGAUCUGCUCCCGCUCCUGUCCACUUUACGAGCUCGGGCCUCCAACUGGCGCUUCACGUUUGGCCGCUUUGUCUUGGACAAGGCCGAGCGCACCAUUGUGCGGCUGAGCAAUCACCUCAGUUUGGCUCAUGCCGGCACUGUAGACUUGCAGCACAAUCUUGACGUUUCCUUCAUGAGCAUUUUGUCCUUUUUUCACGAGGUUGCAGCGCGGCAAGAUGAGAUUGAAGGCAAACUUGGGCCCUUGCACCGCAGCCUUGAAAUGUUGCGCGAGCACGACCUGCACAUCUCGACUGAGCUGGCUGAAAUCUACCGAACCUUACGUCCCCGGCUCAACGCCAUUCUCAAGGUUUUGGAUGAGCUUAAGCUGGCACUUGCGCCACGCUUUGCCCGAGAGGGCCAGCGCAUCAAAGAACAAUUGGCACAAUUCGAGGAAAAAUUACAUGCUGCAUACAACAACCUGCUAUCCUGUUCAGCCUUUUCGCGGCACACGAACACCGAUGAGGCACGCGAGCUGAUCGCAGAGCACAGCUCUCACGUGGAGCAGCUCGAGGCUGAGGCGCGCGAGCUCACGCAGCUGCAAAAGCUGACGGGUUAUUCCAUUGUUGAUUUUGAUCGUCUUCAUGCCGUCGAGGAGCACUUGAUUCACUUGGAUGAGGUCACAGGACUGCGAGAUUUUGUGGCUCGCGAGCUGGAUCCUUACUUGGACAUGGCUUGGACACAGGUGGAUCUGAGUGAGUUUCGACAAACAGUGGAGGCGAAGCAGGCUCUGAUAGACGAGCUACCGGCCCCUGCGCGCAGCUGGGACGUGACACAAGGCGUGGCCGAGACGUUACAGGCUUUGCAGAGUGCCAUUCCAGCUCUAGAGAGCCUCAACUCGGACCAUCUCCGUUCAAGGCAUUGGAAGCGACUUUUCCAAGAAACAGGUAAUGAGGAUAUCCACGACGAUGCUGUCGUGCGCAGCUGGCCUUUGCGUCAACUUGUGGCCUGGUUACCGGCGGAUCGACACGAUCUGGUAAAUACGGUUGUUCAAACUGCUCAUGACGAUCUCAAGUCUGAAGUUACCCUCAAGUCUUACGAUGAGCGCUGGAUGACAUGCGUUUUCCGGAUGCGCACGUGGACUGCCGGUGUUCGCCAUGCCGGUGAGGCCACGUCCUUGGCCCUAAAGCCCGAAGAUGUCGGGGCUAAUGCGGCUGCUUCAGGCGCGCUGUCCCACACCUCGGCCAUCUACCUCGUUGAGGGUCUCAAUGACGUCUUCAAUAUGAUCAAGGAGCACCAGCAGCUCCUCACCGGUCUCAGUCAGGACGCUGGCUCCCGAGUGCUGCGAGGUGAAAUUUCAGACACUCAGUCCAAGCUUCGGAAUAUUGAGACAGUUGUGCUGGAGCUCAGCGGUGUGCAGCGGCUGUGGUUGCAACUUUUGGAAGUUUUUUCUACCGAACCCAGCGACCAGCAGGGCGCGGGCGCUGUAUCCUCUGUGGCUCAGCUCAUGGCCCGCAGAAAGACGAGGGGUUCCGUUGCGAGUCACCGGCAUUCUUCACAAGGUAGCAAUUUCAGUUGGGGCGAGAAAAAGUCCGUUCUCAUUUCCGAGCUGCCCAAGGAGGCAGCGCUGCUGCUCAAGGUCCACAACGAUCUGCGUGCAUUGCUCUUCAGCGUCAGCCGCGAUCCUGCAGUGCUGAGCUUCUGCCUUCGCCCAGGAAUUUCGCAACUGCUUCAAAACUACCACAAGAGCCUCCUGACAGUGGCGUCUGGUGUCAUGGCUCACCUGGACUCGCGCCGCGACACUUUUGGACGGUUUUUCUUUUUGUCGCGCGCCGAUCUACUGCAGGUGCACUGCGAAGCGGGUCACCCCGAACUCAUUAACAAAAGCAUUCACAAACUGUAUCCGGAAAUUGGGCGGUUGUUGCUUGAAUAUCAGGGUCGAACUGCAGAGAUUCGUGCCGUUUACAGCACUCUUGGCGAGCGCUGGGACCUUGAUGUACCCGUGCCCAUCUUGGGAUCGGCGGCACGCAUUCUGGCCAGCCUUGAUCGGUCCAUGCGCGUCUCCCUUCGCCACCAACUCUUCUCGCUCCUCGAGGACGGUGUUGAAGAGCUAUCGGCACUUGACCGUGAAGGCCGCGUUCGCACUGACUUUACCAUGAAUUGGAUCAAUGAUCGAGCAGCACAAGUCGUCUUUGUGUUCCUCGUCUUGCAAGCUUCUCAGGAGGAAGAGCAAGCCUUGACGGGCCACUAUACCGUGGAUGCAGUGCGAGCAGCCCGUGAUCGCCAGCUUCAAGAAGUCGCCACGCUGCUUUCAGGCGCCACCUCCAAGGCCGAUGAGCACAAACUGUACAACAUCAUGGUUGCCCUCACUUACUUACGCAGCCGCCUGGAGUGCUUUCCGGGCCAGGAGCGUGCGAACGCGACCUAUGUGGAAAAUCGCUUGCGUUAUUUGGUCAGCGCAGAUGAAAUCCAUCUUGCCAGCGGCCCACUGCGAGAGGUUUAUGCCCAUAUCAUGCAAGACAUCGAUACCAUCCAGCUUUUGAACCUUGAGACAGAGGCCGAUGCCGUUCGCUUGCUUUGGACGAACCAGCUGGGAGCAUUCCCGUUGUUGCUCAACACGCCAGACCAAGAUGCCCAGCGCUUGGUGCAGCUCACGGCCCUUCUAACAGGCCGAGCUCAUGUCAAACUGCUGGCACAUGCUGAUGCUGAACGUCAGCAAUUUGCUCACGCGCUGGCUGGUCUCACUCGGUACCCAGCCGCCGUGUUUGUCAAACACAUGGACCAAUUAUCCGCCAAUUUGAUGCCUGAUGUUGCCGCCUUGUUGGAUGCCACAACGCGGGCCAUGCAGUCAAAGCAAAAGUCGUUUGAGCUCCUUGAUUCGACUGUACAGCUGGAUGGCAUGCCCUUGCUCGUCACCAGCAUGGCCAGUACUCACGUGCCCGCACUGUUGCGAGCCAGCUGCCGUCCGUUAUCUCCUGUGGACGGCCAUGCGGGGGCUUCAGACUGGCCGCUGCUGCUCCGUGCUCACGUUGUGAUUGGUGGUGCGCAGCAUGCCGGUCUUCGGCUUGCUCUUGUGGAGUUGCGUCGGUUGCUCUCUUCGAUGGAGUCGCGCAAUACUGAGCAUGCGCUUCGUCGCAUGUUCGAGCUGUUCAACGCUGCUAGAUUAACGGCUUUGACGCAUGGUGCCUGGCGUAGUGAGUCAGGCGAACAGGCCAAGGAGCUCAUGUUGCACUGCUUCUGGUUUACACACGGGCGUUCUUUAACAAGGGCUGAGGAUCGAGCUGUGUUGCGCGCAGCUGUACAGCACUAUGGCGUGAGCCUGGGUGCCCCAGAUGGCAUGGAUUGUGAUGCGUCCAGCAUCAAUGGACGCGCGCUAGAAGCGGAUAUCAAGGCGCUGGCCGAUGUGUUUCAGCUUGACCUGCAAGCUAGCCAUUUUCUAUCAGCUGUACGCCAGUAUGAGAAUCGCGAUCGAACGAGUCUGACACCUCAUUCGCUGGAUCUGCGCCAUCUGGCUUUGCUUCUUGACCUUCACCCAGUAGCGCAUGUGCGCGCCAACAGCGCACGCGAUGGUCUGGCUCUGGUCGAACAGUUGCGUGCGGCUUUGCAGGGUCUGCACCUGCAUACGCAAGUGCAGGUUGUGUUGCCCUCUGCCUUUGCCGGCAACGGCUUUGCGGGUGAAACCCUGGACCAAUCGCUUUGGGCCUCGCUGCUUACGCACCGGUUCAGCGAUAGCGCAGAUGCCCAAGAGCGUGACCCGACUGCUGAGCCAGAGGAGGAACUGGCACAUUUGCAAAUCGUUGUGUUGCUCGGCGUGCUGUCGCCUGCCAUGCGCGAUAGCCUGUAUCAAGUGAAGACCCAGCGGCGCAUUGUGUUGCCGUGUGGCAGCAGUGCACGCUUGGAUGAGUGUGCACGCGUCAUUUGGCUGGACUACGAGCCAUCGGUCACCGGAGACGAGCUGCCCGAUCUUGCACUGCUUGGAUCGCGUGUCUAUUGUCGUCGCUCUCAGGUUCUUCGCGACCUCGAGGCACUAGUGGCUUCUGAUGGGGUCGUGGGUGUGAACCUCGAGGAACUAGCUAAUAUAGCAGCUGAAUUCUGUGACACCUUUUCCGCUUUGCGUACUACCGUGCCCAACGCUUUAAACGUCACCUCCGUCCUUGAGACCUGGCGAGACCUCAGUACUUCUUUGUUUGGGGUCGUCCAAGAUGAGCUAGGCAGCGAUCUGGGCUCACACAUUGCUUACGAGUGCUUGGGUGUGGCUCUCGUUUGGGCGACAAUUUUGUGUAUUGAUCGUGAGUGCGAAGAAAACUGGGAACCUUUGGCACAGGCAGACCGCUUCCUGCGCUCGCGUCUGGCUCAAUUUGACGUGCGCUUCGUACCUGAAGUGCCGAUCUGGCAGCAACGACCAGGUUCUGCUGCCGGCAUUACCACCUUUGCGCACAUGACGACCGAACCCAUCAUCACGACUCGCAAGGCAAUUGCAGAACACGACCAAGACGAGGUCUUGGUGGCAACGCCAGAAGUGGAGGCCAUUCGGUUCGUGGCUGCCUUAUGCUUGCGAGCCGGCCGCAACGUCGGUCUGAGUGGACCCAGCGGUUCGGCCAAGUCCCGAAUUUUGGAGACGCUCAGCGACAUGCUCACAGAUAUGACAGGUGCCGAGCGAGCUGCCGUUCACUUGAGUUGCACGCGCCGCUUGACUGGUCAAGCCGUUUGGCAGAACAUCCGUCGUCACUUUGAUAUGGGGUCAGGCUUGGAGUAUGGUCCCGCAAGUCGCAAGGCAGGGGUUUUGGUGGUGUUGGACGACGUUCAAGACUUGGCCUCGCCCACUUGUGACGUCAUGCAGGUUUUGCAUCAGCUAGCAGUCGUGCGAAUGGUAUUUGACAGUGAGAGCUUUCGCUCAGGCCUCGGCCGUCAGCUUCGCGGCUUAGUCUUGGCUUUUGCUACGACCACAGAUCCACUCGCGCUGAAUACCCAACUCAAGCUUGACUCGAAUUUGGCCCAAAAUUGUUUGGUUUUGUCCUUGACUACACCACGCGUCGAUAUUAUGCAAAACGUUAUGCAAGCCACCAUCAAGCGACACCUUUUGCAACCGGAUGGCUAUACGCAGGUGUCCAUGCGUGCUAGCCAGUCUGGCAUGCCUUCAGCAGAGCCGAGUGUGGCUUGGGCUUCGCCACUGGCCCAGUGUACCUGCCACGUGCACGAGGCUAUCCUGGGUGGCUUUGGUGUCGCUCCGCAUCGCCUUCUUUAUCGGUGCGCCGCUCAUAAAAGGCCUUUUGCAUUGCAUUGUGCCCUGCUGCUGCACGUGACUUUGCUUUUGCUCACCGUAUUCUUGCUUUGCUUUAGAUUCACGCCACACGAUGUCAUGUCCGUGGCCGCGGGACUAUGCUGUGCCCUUUCUCCAUUGGCCUCAGAGGUCGCAGCGGUUCGAGUCUGGGCCGCGCUGAUGACGGCUGUGUACGGUCUGCGCAUGGCCGUCACAAUCGACCAGCAUCGUUUUCAAGAAUUACUGCGUCGGGCAGUCAAGCAAACGUUUGCCCGAGCCCUACUUGACGAGGCCAGUGCCGUGUGGCUCAAAGAGAAUGUGUUCUACUCCGAGAACCUGGCUACCUCGGGCACGGUGGCUGGCGUUAAUGGCAUAGUGGCUGCACACGAUGCUGACGGUGGCAAAGCCGCGCAAAUUCUACGCGGCCUCAUGGAGAAUGAGGUCAAGGAGUGCGCUCAGCGCUACAGUGCAUUUCACCUGCAUCUGGCACAAUCGCACCUCCACCACAUGUGUCACAUGUUGUCAAGCAGCGUGGCGCGCUUGCCACGCACGGACUUUUGGCUCUUUGGCCACGAAUGCGUCAAUGCUAUGCGCCUACAUGCGCACAUUGCUGGGCGGCGCCUGUGUGUGGCUGAGGGCCUGGACGCCGGUGAUGGCGGACGUCGGUUUCAGAUGCACUUUGUCGAGCUCCUGAUGUUAUCAGCCACGCGAGAUGAGCGCAUCACUUUUGCUGUCGACUCCAAUCAAGCGUCGAUUGAGGUCUUGGAUGUCAUUGCAUCAUUUGUCACUGGCAAGGACGUUUCAGACCUACUGAGCACGGACAACCUGGUGGCCGUCUCGACUUUGGUGCAGCCUCGCGUCGUGGCCCUUGGCAUGGUCCCCACUCAGCGCAAUAUCAUGCUGUGGUUCCAUGAGAACGCGCGCCGCAACCUCCAAGUGUGCCUAUUUACAUCAGACGACGGCGUCCGACGCCUCGAUGCGACACAGCACGUCUUGCGCAGCCAUCCGCGCUUAGUGCAGCACAUUAACAUUGUUAACUGGACUUCGGCCAAUCUCAAGGAUUGGACAUUCCAGGCUUCUCAAGUGUUGGGUACUGGGGGUCUUGCGGAGGCUGAGGUUGCUGUCAAGGCCACUCUCUUUGGUCGAUGCCAUCAAGCUGCCUGGGAGACAGCGCAAUCGUUGCCUGGCAGCCACUACCUUGAUCCUGCGCUCAAACCGGCCCUGGAUGAUGCUGCACACUGGUUCCUUCGCUUCGAUGAGCUGUUGAGUGCCUACUACAGUGCGCGGCUGGCACGAUUGGAGCAUGGUGUGCAAAUGACCAUCAAUGCCGAAGCGCAUCUGUCCGAGCUGCGGGCUCAACAUGAGCGUCUCGAGGGUUUACUAAAAGAGCGGGACAAUGUGGGCCUGCGACUCUUGGCCCAGCUUGGACGAGACGUUUCAGCUCAGCGCAAGCUGCAGCAGGCAGUGUUGCGCAAAGAACGCGAAAUUGCCGAGCUUGAGGAAAAGGUUGCGCCACUUCUCGUUGAGUAUGAGGAGGCCAUGAGCGUCACGCGCGGGCACGUGGAAGCCUUGCGGGCCCUCGUAGAUCAAAUUGGCCAGGAUCAACUUCGCGAGGUCCAAGCCAUGAAUCGACCACCUGACGCCGUCGAGUCGGUCUUCGCGGCCUUGCUUCUCUUGCUUUUGCGCGGCAGCAACGAUACGCCGUUAUCGGACAGUGAGCUGGUCUGGCGCACCGGAGGCCGACGUUUGUGUGCGGACGCCGAGAAGCUACGCCUCCAGUUGCAUGCAUGUGAGGUGGCCAAAAUAUCCGAGGCCCGCUUGAACGAGAUUCAAGAGCUGUUGGAAGAUGCCGAGGUGGUGAAGAUGCUCGCAGCAGGUCCUGGCACCAGCUCACCGGAAACAAAGCGGGAGGUCACGACGCCGGGCCGCAUAGCUUCACCACGCGACUCUCGUCAUAUUCCGGCUUGCGUGCACGUCUUAGCGCGUUGGGCCAAGGGCGCGCUAAUUCUACAUCGUCAACUGAACAACCACACUCGCGCGAAGGAAAUCCAAAUCAACGGGCUGCGGCGUCUCAUGCAUGAUAAAACCGAAGAUCUGCGAAGUUUGCGUCAGAGUAAUGGCAGCCUUGAGAAGCGCGUGGCCACAUUGCGUGCCAAUGUCGUGACCUCGACUCGUCAGCGCAACGACGACGCUACAGCAUUGGCACAACUGGGUGACCAGCUGGAGCAAGCUCAAAACUUUUUGCGUUCCCUCGAGCUCGAGAAGCAGGAAUGGAAGGCAGCCAUUGAACAUAUUCGAAGCGUGCAGGUGCGCCAUACGGGCGAUUGCCUCGUUGCAUCACUUGCCCGCUCGUAUUUGCCGUGCUUUCCCGAGGCAGCGCGGACACCACUGCUUGCGACCUGGCUAGACAUUCUAGCCGGCAACAGUUUGAGUGUAAGCCAUGUGCCAGCGACCAGUGGCGCGCCGCUUGAGGAGAUUCUUCAGGGUUUGUUUCCUUUGAUGGCACGAGCCGAGGACAAGCUUGCUGCGGACAUUUUUUGUGACACCAGCGCCCUUUUCGUUAACCGGGCUGCAAUCACGUGCUCGACGCAUUGGUCUUUGGCGCUAGAUCCAGACCACAUGACUCAGCACCACGUGAUGAGUAUGUAUGCAGCUUCGGGUGGUGCACGUGCUGUUGAUAUGCGAAUCGGCGCCACUUCGUGGGAACGCUUGGAAACGGAGCUCGACGAAGCAUUGGCAUGCAGUUCUGUCGUGCUCUGCACCCACGCGCCCGCACGCCCGAGUCCCGAGUUUGUACAAUGGCUGCGCCGCGCGUAUCAACGAUCACGCAGCGGACAUUUGAGUUUUGAACUUGACGAUGCCGGACACGUUGCCUCAAUUCACGGAGGAGCUGCCACCGCUUCAAUGGCUGGCGCCUCCACCCAAGCCGUGUCCAUGGUCGCGCCUGGUGCGGGCCAUGCCUCUGCUGAUUUGGCGAACACGUCUGGCCAUGGCCACCUGCCCAACGGCAAUGCUGCGGCCAACUUGGUUGUCAUGGGCCCGGCGUUGGACCAGGGUGCAUGGUUUGCAGAGCUCGGAACCGUGUUGCGCCUUGUCAACUACGAUAACCUCUCCGAGCCAUCCUUGCAGGCCGUAUUGGGCUCACUGCUUAUGGCGCGUAGCUACAGCAACGCACAUCACUUUGUAAAUCAAACACUUUCCCAGCUGCAACAGCUCAAGCGCGCCAUUGCUUCGGCCUCGCUCAACCUGGUCGACACUUUUACAGGCUUGGCGGCUGAUGCCACGCGCGUGGCGGAGACAGUUGAGCUCAAAGCUGAUUAUGUCCGACAACUGGCCGAGCGCAAGCGCGAUAUGAGCCGAGUUCGUGUCUGGCAGACGGCUUGUCGCCAACAGAUGCGGCCUCUUGCAAUACUGGUGCAUCUUUGCGAUCGCAUUCGUGGACUGAACAACGCAUCAUUCGUGCGCAGUCAAGACCUAGUUGAGCACUACUUGCGCCAGCUCGCCAAGGCCUCAGUCAGGCUGGGGUCCUCUCGACAACGCGGGCGCCCGAGUCACUCACACCUUACAGCCUCAAGCGGCGACGGUCUUGUCGGUGGUGGCGCCAGCCAGAACGGCAGCUCGGCGACUCCACGAAUGUCGACUCCUGGUACGGAGGCUGGGAGCACCGGGCUUUGGCCCGCUGUUCGAGAGAUUGUGGAGCAACUUUGUGCUACAGUACCAGAUGCUCAGCGUGCAGCGAUAGCUCAGGCAGCCAUGCUCAUGCUUUUACCCGUAACAAAUGUGCUGGGCCGAGGUCUGCUGCAAGAACAGGAGCUGGACCUUGGUUUUGAUCGGCCCCUGACGCCUGACGUGCUUCUCGAGGCGCCCAUGAAUCUUGAGAGCAAUGCGCCAUUGAAUCCUUCAGACAAUGCCUCGAUUGCCUCCAUGAGUGAAAGCGAGAGCAAGCUGACCGUACAGGCAGAGGUCAACGGCCAAGAUUCCACAUUAGUGCCGGCAUUGUGGAGCGGAAUGACGGCUCUUGGGGAUGUGGGCGCUCCACGUCCACCAGAGCUUGAGUUUGCUUUGGGUGGAUUUGAACAGCUCACGGCCUCCCCAGCCGUACCGCCCGUUCCAUGGCUGAAUGGCAUGCAGGUGCAAGGAGAUGCCAGCUCUUGGCAGGCUUGGAUCAGUCAGCCCGAGACGAGCGAGUGUCCGUUGCCUGAGUCUUUGGCGCGAACGCCAUUGGAGCGCGAGUGGGCAUCACUCUUGCUGAAGAUUUGUCUGGAUGGCACGCGGGCCACAGCUUUGCUGAGCGCCUUCCUGGAAUGGAUCGUCGAGAAAAAGCUCAUGCCAAAGCUCAUCUCGAGCGAGCAGACUCCAGAUAUGAGUACAUUUGCUGAUAAUCAUCCACGUUUGCUGGUAAUCGCUCAGCACGAGCCACACUGGCCAGAGAAUGAACGGAUCGUGGUGGAGACUGAGAUGGGGAUUGCUAUACAGCAAGUUUUGCGCUGUGGUAGUCUGGAUGUUGGGGAUUUGCAGCGAGCCUUGCGCCAGUGCGCGGCCACAGGCUCACCGCUGCUGAUCGAACACCUUCACUUGCAACCUGGGCUUGUGCCAAUUUUGCUGCGCUUUUUGCGACAGCAAAAUGCACCAACUCAGCCAUCGCCCACCCGCCGGACGUCACGGCCGCUAUCUCGAGCGUCACGCACCUCCCGGCCCUCCACUGCCGAUGCUGACGGAUUCUUAGCCGAUCCACGCCUGGCUGAACACGGCUCACGAUUGGGUCCUUUUGGUGUGGUUGCCACUGUUGACCCGGACAGCGACCUCUUUCGGCACUCGGCCAUGGCUGAUAGUGUGGUCGUGCGCUUAGAUCGGGAGCACGCAUCGAUUGGCAAGCGUUUGGCUCGAUUUAUCGGCCAUCACGCUUCAGUAUUUGACCAGGCCGAUGAUAUGGCGGUCCGCGUGCGUGUGAUCCAGUUAUGCUUGCUUCAUGCCGCGUCGCUCCUCCAGAGUCAAGGUCGGGCAUAUGGACGUGUUGAUCACCGUGAUUUCAUUCGCCUGGCCGCACAUCGUCUCGUGAGCGAAAGCACCGCGCCGCGCAUUCGCGCCGUGUUGGAGCAACAACCUCCUGGCACUGCAGGCCUGAUCUGUGUUUUAGAGGACGACGUCUUGCUCAAUACUCUGCUGCAAGAAGUCACAGUUUCUGGCCUGGAUGCGACGCCAGUGCAGCUGGCCAUGCUGGGGGCUGUUGCAACCGACGGCCUACUCAAGCCUGGCCACGAGGAUGAAGCAUUGGACCGACACCGAGCGCGCAAGGUGGUGGAGGAAAUUCAGGGAGCUCUGCAUCGGAUGAGCACCUCCCUGUCCUCGUUCCGGGCAAGAUCAGAGCUCUACUUGUGUCGUCGCGAGGAGGAGCGCGCAGCGUUGGCGUUGCUUGCCAUCAGUGCCGAUUGUACCAAGCUAGGCGCAGUCUUGGCGCGCAGCCUGCAUCUCUCGACGGAUGCGCAGCAACUGGCGACGGAUCUUGUCCAUGAGCACGUUCCAGAGCGGUGGCAUUUGGCCCCUCGCCUUGAUCUCCGCUGCGAUCCCGUCACGUAUGUCCGGGCACUGAUCGAGGUCGUUGACCAUCCUCUUCAUGUUACUGAAACGUUGCCGGCACGCCAUGUGCUGUCAGCACCACGCCUGGUGGGCCAACUUUAUGCCAAUCACCUUCUUGGCGAGGCACCUGGGAAGGAAACGAACACCGACGAGAACACCACUUUGUUGAGGCUGACGGGCGUCGAAUUGGAGGUCUUACCGGGGGUGGAAGUAAAACCACCUAUGCCGUUGUCUCUCAUGCAGACGGCCCUAAAGCGUGGGCGUCCCGUAGAGGGCGUCUGUGCAGUGCCCGUCAUUUUGUGUCACGCUGGCAAGGACCAGCAGCGACCAACCAUUGCGUUGCCUUUUCUAAACAAACUGGGCUGGGAAUGUGCUGUGGUGCGCUAUCCAGUGGUCGAUGAUGCGCAAGGCCUGGCUUUGCUGGUGCAUCAGGCCCAUUUUGUUGCCCUUUGAUAGCUGCCAGUGCAGUCUAUGUCUUGAUGGUCCUUGCUACCGCCAGCCAUGUGCGCAUGGCAGCGCUGCUCAUGUCCAUGAAGAAGUUUAAGCGAUGCUGAUCUCUUU